AUGAAUCCAAGAAUAAAUAUAAUAAUAUCACGUUAAUUAAACCAAUUAAAAUAAAAAAAUCCAGAUGGAAUAAAUGUAAUUAUAAAUGAUAUUGAUAUAUAUGAUAUUUAAGCAGACAUAAUAGGCCCUGUAUAAACACCAUAUGAAGGAGGCGUUUUUAGAUGUAAAUUAAUCCUACCAUAGGACUUUCCUAAAGUACCUCCAAAAGGAUUUUUCCAUACUAAAAUUGCACACCCUAAUGUAUCAGAAAAAGGAGAAAUAUGUGUAAAUACAUUAAAAAAAGAUUGGAACCCUACAAACUGGUCUUUCUAAAAUAUAUUCGAAGUUAUAAAAUGUUUAUUAAUAGUUCCUUUUCCUGAAAGUGCGUUAAAUGAAGAAGUAGGUAAACUUUUUAUGGAAAAUUACGAGGAAUAUUUUAAAUACGCAAAAUUAAUGACUGAAUUACACGCAAAACCAAGAUAAAGCAAUAAAAUUUAAUUUGAAAAAGAAGUAAAUUAUAUAAAAAUAAAUUAAUAUAUAAUUAAAAAUAAUUAUACACAUAUAUAUGUAUAUAUAACAUAUUUUUUAAAUAAAGACUUGUGA